AACCGUCCGAACGAAAAUCAAGACAUAUCGAGGCUAGAACAAAGAAACCUCAGUACGAAGGAAGAAGAAUCUGAAGUCCUAAAUUUAGCAGUCAUCAUAAAGAAGCAAACGACGUUUAUAAAGACCCAUACAAAAAUCGAAAAAGAAGAAUAA